AUGACCUCUCGAAUUGAGAAGACCAUUGCCCGUCAGCAAGAGAAAAUUGCUUCUGGAGCUUACUAUGAAGCCCACCAACAGCUUCGUGUAAUCGCAGCUCGAUACAUUAAACAGUCCAAUUACGAUGCAGCUGCAAACAUAUUAUCUGGGGGAGCGAAGGCGCUGCUACAAGCUGGAGCCCAGCAGGGUGUCUCUGCCAGUGGUGGCGACCUAGCAAUCAUGCUUGUGCUUGAAGUCUACAACAAGGCGGGGUGGGAGGUGGCCGAUGAUGAAACUGGAAAGGAGAGAAAACAACGGCUCAUUGAACUACUCCAGGAGUUUCCACCAGAGGAACCAACCAGGAAGAGAUAUAUAAACGAGAUCAUUUCAUGGAGCUCGAAAUUUGGAGAUCUUGAGCGAGGUGACCCCGAUUUGCACCAUUCCAUUGGGUCGAUCUAUGCCCAAGGUUUGGUAUCUGACCAAGGGCAAAUAUUAGAGAAUGAACCUUAUGACGCAGAGCGACAUCUUGCUUUCGGGACCGUCGAAUCCGCUGAAACUCUCGGAAAGCUAGAGUAUAACUGGUAUACUUAUGAUGCACAGCAUACGGCCGGGAUAUACUGUUGUCGUGCUGUCUUCCCAUAUCUCCUCACCGGCAAUAUUCUUAACGCGAAUAAAGCCUUUUUGGUAUUUACGCGACUCCUAUCCACAUCGGAGUCAGGAAAAGCCCUCGGAGUACAGGAAGUAAGCAGCCAGCAGAAUGACGUCCGUGUAUAUCCGUCUUUACCACUGCUUAACUUCACGAACCUACUCCUUCUUGCUAUCCAACGUGGCACUCCGGAUUUAUUCAGACAGCUUCUUAAGCAAUACCAGUCGCAUAUUAAGGAGGCUGGCGAAUGGGACCAUGCUUUGGCCCACAUUGGAGAGCUGUACUUUGGCAUAAAGAUACCGAAACAGUCAAACCCCUUGAUGGAUAUGAUGGGAAUGUUUUUCGGAGGGCCGUCGGGCCAGCCAAAGUCUAGUGAGCAACCCAAGGCUUCCAAGAGGGUAGAGGCUCCGCCAUCACUAGACCUAGAUUAG